AUGAAUUCAGUGGCCUUCCAGGCUCAACGUGCUGUUUACUUUAGAAAAAUCGAUUCAUUACGAUUAAACAAUUCAAUCAUGUACUGCCACGAUGAAACAUGGUUAAAUAAAAAUGAAGAAAAAACAGUCGUUUGGUUUGAUGAUAACGGUUAUGGUCGUCUUAGAAAGAGUGAAGGAAAAGGGACUGAUGGUUUUCUUAGUCUAAAUGGUUUUCACCUUCGUUCAUUGGAUAUUUUCAAGUGCGAUGAAGUGCAUUCUAUGGAUAAUAAUCAUUUUGUUGCAUGGAUGGAUAGUGCAGCUAGUACUUUACGCUCUGAACAUGGAAAAUCGGCUAAAAUUGCCAUUAUUAUAGAUAAUGCCACGUGGCAUAACAAGCUUACUCCAGAAUCCGAACCACCAAAACGUGCUUGGAUGACAAAGGCCGAAUUAAUUGAAUUAGCUUUUACUCAUUUAUCGCCAAAAGAAUACAUAGCUGACAAAAUAGCAAGUAAAUAUGAUAUUGAAAUUGUUCGAAUACCGGUCAAGCACUGUGUGUUAAAUCCCAUUGACGAGUGGUUGGCAGCGUGUGAUCCUGAACAUGCUUCUGGCUAUUUUACAUACGUUCAUAAACAUGAAGAAAUAUUUAAAACUGCAGAUAAAAUUGCUGAAGAAUUAGAAAAUGAUCUAAUCGACGGCGACGAUGAUAUCGAUAACGAGAUGUUAAAUGAUGAUGAUGAAACCAAUGAUUGA